CCCGCCUGGAACGGCGUGGGCAUCGACUCGGAAUUUAACUCGAGAAAGAUGGGGUUUGAUCAACAGAGCUAAAGAACUAUGCAGAACCUGCAUUUAUGCGACUUUCCACUGUUUCUUUUUUGGUUUGCUCAAAAAGUUUUGUCUUUUUCCGCCAACUCAAAAAGUGUUGCAUUCUCGAUUUGCUGAAGGUGCCAACAGCGAUGGAGCUGCAGGCUAUUCACCAAGGCCCGAGUCGAGCCGGGACUAUGCCAAACGUGAACGCUAUAGAGUCCGAACCCAAAGCUCCAUCUGACAACCCUACGUUGUCUGUGGAGGACCUGGCCGCUCCACCCACCGCUGCUACCAUCCAGCCUACCUGGAAGCAUCCCAAGACGAAUAUAUGGCGCUUUAUCUCGUGUAAUUAUAGCUUUAUCAUUCUUGGUGCCAAUGAUGCCGCUUAUGGGGCAAUUAUCCCAUAUCUUGAAUCGUACUAUAAUGUCUCCUACACAGUGGUUUCUCUUGUCUUUCUAUCGCCGAUCGUGGGCUACGUGACUUCAGCUUCAAUUAAUAAUAUGAUUCACAUGAAGCUUGGUCAGAGAGGCGUUGCCAUGUUGAGCCCUGGAGCACACCUGGCGGCCUAUAUCAUUAUCUGCGUGCACCCUCCCUUCCCAGUGCUUGUCAUUGCUUUUAUUCUGGCAGGGUUUGGCAAUGGCCUGGCAGACGCCGCGUGGAAUGCCUGGGUGGGUGGAAUGGCAAAUGCAAAUGAGUUAUUGGGCAUUCUCCAUGCAUUCUAUGGUUUGGGUGCUACGCUAUCACCGACUGUUGCAACCAGUCUCAUCACAAAGGCGCACUGGGAAUGGUUUCAAUUUUACUAUCUGAUCGUUGGUGCUGCGAUUUUAGAGCUGGUAUUCAUGACGGCAACAUUCUGGACAGCGACUGCAACAAAGUAUUGUGCUGAUAAUCCUCCUGCAGCAAUUCCGGAGUUUGAUAUUACUGCUCAUGCACCAGAAUCGACAAAGAAAUUAAGUGUGAUAUUAAACAGAAUUUUCGGUGGUAGUCGAACUGCGGAAGCACUCAAGAACAGAGUCACCUGGGUCUGCAGCAUCUUCAUCUCAAUUUAUGCGGGCGCGGAAGUCGGCCUUGGAGGCUGGAUCGUCACAUUCAUGAUCAACAUCCGCCAUGGAAGUGCCUUCGCGUCGGGUAUGAGUGCAACCGGAUUUUGGCUUGGACUUACCGUGGGACGCGUGAUCCUAGGAUUUGUAACUCCACGAGUCUUCAGGUCUGAGAAACAUGCCGUCAUCGUGUAUCUCUUGUGCACUAUCGUCCUCGAGUUACUCUUCUGGCUGGUCCCUCAGUUCUAUGUGUCGGCGGUGAUGGUCUCGUUCGUCGGCUUCUUUUUGGGACCUCUAUUCCCGAUCGCCAUUGUUGCUGCGACAAAGUUGCUGCCGAAGCACAUUCACGUAUCAGCUAUCGGGUUUGCAGCGGCUAUCGGGGCCUCAGGAUCCACUGCAUUCCCUUUCGCAGUGGGUGCCAUCGCCCAGGAGAAAGGUGUACAAAUUUUACAGCCGUUCAUACUCGGAAUUCUAGUUGCGUGCCUGGGAAUUUGGCUGUUUUUGCCGAGUCUAUCAAAAAAGAGGCAGUAAAUAAUAGAUGUUCUUACAGCAUGAGAGAUGAAGAACGAAAGUUUGAAAGGUGUGCGUGCGCACUGUUAAGUAUAUCCUGAGUGCUAUACGGAGUACACUCUUGGAAAAGAGCAUUAAAAUAUCCUGAUAGGCAAAAGCUGAUAAUAACAAAAAUAAAUAUUAAUAUUUGUU